CCGCGCGACAGUACGUAUCGCUCUGUCGUAUUUUUUUCGGCUACCGAAAUCGUCAGUGCCGUUCCAGUUUAAAAAAAAAUCAACUCGCGAUUGUAAUAAACAUUUUUCUUCGGAAUAAAAAGUGAUUUCAAAAACGUGUUUGCAAUUGAAAGUUCCAUAUCGUUAAUGAUAUUUUAAACACAUAUUAGUUUAUACUUGCCGACUUUAUUGGAUGUUACGCUCUCUUGAACAACAUGGCUGGUCGGAAGUACAGGAGUUAGUGAGGUGCUGUGAGGUAGUCGACGGCGCCACGAUGCCUCGACUAGCCACCGACUAGCCGAUACGCUCUCUUUGCGACGACUUGACGAUCAGACUGAGAUGCGGCGGCAAGCUCGGAUCUCAGCCGGCGGCACGCUAUUGGUGCGUUCCGCCUCUGCAUUGCAAGUAUGGCUGUGGUUGCUGUUAUUCAUAUUCCAAAACGAAUUUCGAAUAUCGAGGUCCAUUCAACCAGGGUACUUGGACUUUGACAACCUGCCCGAGACGAAUUUCACGUGCGCGGGCAAAGUAAUAGGCGGGUACUACGCCGACACAGAGACCUCCUGUCAGAUGUUCCACGUCUGCACCGUGGGCCAACAGGAGGAGCCCAUGGACAUCAAGUUCCUUUGCCUCAAUGGCACUGUCUUUGAUCAGGAGACAAGAGUAUGUGAGAGAGUUGACGAAGUAGAUUGUUCAAAGUCUGAAAAAUUCUACAGUUUAAAUUUAGAGUUAUAUGGCAGCACUGCGCCCCCUAUAAUAUCAGCAGAUCAACCCAAGCCUCAAGGUCAACCCACUGAGCAAUCCGUUCAAAAGUUGAAACCCAACCUAGAACAAUCUGAUCCCUCCUUAGACGAAUCUACGACGUUACAUUCUAAAACGCAGGAACACUCUACAGAUAUUGUAGACUCCACCGAAGAUCCUUUGCAAGACAUAAAGAAAGAUGACCCUAAGGGUUCGCAGAAUACUCUCCCUACUCAACAAUCGUUACCAAUACGGAAUCACGAAGAAAUUAUAGAAGAAUAUCCAGAGGACGAAUUCGAUGACAACACCGAAUACGAAGAAGAUUAUUCACAUUCUCCGAUAUCAACCACCAGUCAAGUUUCAACUACGACUAUAACGACCACAACAACAAAGACCACUACCAAACAACCACCGACCACUACUGUUCAGCCGAAACCAACAUCACCACACCUUAUAUCUCCUAUUCCUCAUUUAAUUUCCUCUCCCUCACCUACCGUAUAUCCUUCAGCUUCACCGUCCUCUUCUCCUUUGACACCAUCCUUGCCAUCAAUUGAUCCAGCGCUCUUAUCUCCUCAAGAAUUUAUCUACCGUCAUCGUGGACCAGGAUCCGAAGCGAUUUCGUUCCAACGACAAAGUAUUCGACCGGCAGAUGGUGUGUAUAUCACACACGCACCACCUCAGCAGUUUGACCACUUCCAGUAUGAGUCGUCUAGAACUGCGCCCCGUCCUGCCCAACAACGGCCCACGCCUUUCGUACAAAGGCCCCAACCAGCGCCAUUUCGGCCAACCACCUUGGAUCCACGAGAUCAGCUCUUGCGUCCGGGGCCUUCAUCGCAGUCGUCCGAGAGACAUGAAACUUCGGUGAAACAUAGGCCGCAACAAUAUCAACCAUCAGUUUUACCUGCGCAACGUCCUUUACCAUUCAAUCCGUACUACUAUGAUCGAAAACGAAGUGAUGAAUCCAUUCGUGAUGACGAAUCGUCCUUAGCUGCUCGAUCCGUGGGCCCUCCGACUGUUACAGAACGGCCUCCAACAAAACCGAAAAGCCCUCCUAGAGUUAUUGUCACUGCCAGCGCUUCCGUUAGCGACAGCAACGGAAAGAAGUUAAAUUACACUGUAGGAAAUGUAGUAAGCGCAGUAAAACCAAUAGUACCCAUCAAUUAUGACGACUACAAGGAAUCCGACCUUAUAUUUGAUCCAUUUUUUCUUGAUGUGCCAAAACUGCAAAAGCGGCGUAAAACUAGGUCUAACCAAAAGAGAAAAGUCUUCACGAUACCAUCCACUGCAACUGUUUCCCCAGAUUUGGUGACUGAGCGACCGACGACAACUACAAGUUCGCCAAUCACAUCGCGAGCGACUACCACUGCACGAAGUGUGACUGUUACCGCUACUCCAACUACGACAACCACCGCCGCGUGGAACCCGAACGAUUAUGUCGACGACAAUUACGAGCCACAUUCUUACAUCCCGCCCGAACCUCCACUGGCGGUUCUAAUAGCGAAAGAGUACACUAAAUUUAAAAACCAAGAAAAACCCAGUCAGCAGUGGGCGGAAGACGAAUUGCCACGACAGGUGAAGUUAAAUUUAGGGCGUGUGGAGCAUGCUGAGCCGACUCCGUCUGCAGUGCAGACAACCUCUAGUCAAAACGAGGGGGCGGGAGCGACGCCCCCCACCGCCUCGCCGCCGCCCCUGCCGCCUGUCGAGGCGCACACCAGCCCUACGUCGCGCUCACCUGACUGUCGGAAUCGUGCCUAAAUAUUUUAGCUCAUUUUUAUACAUACUAUAUAAUAAUAUCAAAUAUUAUACAUAGUUCCAUACUUAGAUAGGUAGCAAAUUUUAACAAUUGUAAACUCGGAAUCAAUAAUUUUUGGAUGACAACAUCUUUCAGAUUCCGAACAUGUUUUCAUUUCUUCAGACUAUUGAAUUAAUUUUUAAAUAAAUAUUUAUGUUAAAAAAAUUGCCUUUGUAAAUAAUAAUAAUUGAAUAUAUCAUAAUGUUUGUUCUCUAAAGUUCAUUCGUUUAUUAUCUAGUAAUAUUUAUGGAGGAAACU